UUAGGUGUGCUAGCCGAAUGAUUACAUCCUGACACACAGACAACGUAGAAUAGCAAUAGCAAUAGGGCAACAUAAUAUAGUAUAAAUGGCCGCCGUGACACAUAGAGGCCAUGGAGAUCGCAAUGAAGCCUCAAUGGAUAUCUAUAACACCGAUGCGUACCUUGAUUCGACCUACGAUCGCCAUAAAAAUGAAAAGUUGGCAAUUUUGUAUGAUGAUAGGUUUCAUGAAGAAAUAGGAAGGAACUGUAACCAAUGUAAACCAUGGGUAGAGCAUAUAGCCUUACUGAAAUCAUUGAGGGAUCCCAAAGCAUACAGAAGAGUAUACUGCAUUAGGGAUAUUUGCAAAUUGGAAAGCGUGAAAUCUACAGAGACAGACUCUAAUGAAGCUGCUAUAACGAUAAAUUACGACUUCAAGGAAGAUGUAAUAACGCAACGAAUUCUCCGCACGUAUGAACGUGCAGUAAAGCAUGUCCCGCUCAGCUACAAAGUGUGGUAUGGCUAUAUAAGGGAUACUAUAGAAGCUAUACAAAAUCCAUUUUAUGUACAUCCAGCACCUUAUUUACGGGUCAAUCGACUGUUUGAGAGAUGUAUAAUCCAUGUAUAUGCUGCGCCUGCUAUAUAUAUACUAUAUGGCCAAUUCCUUCGAACGCAAAACAUGAUCUCACGAACGAGACGAACAUACGAUCGUGCCCUACUUAAUUUGCCAAUUACACAACAUAUGAUGAUAUGGCAGCAGUAUAUAGAGUUUGUAAAAGAGGUAGACCUACUCCCUAUGGGCAAAGCUGUACUGAAACGCUACAUACAGCUGCAACCUAACACGAGGGAAUCAUUGUACAAGAUGCUAAAGCAACAUGAACAUUAUGAUGAAGCUUGCAUUGUUUUGUGUGAACUUUUGAAUGAUGGCAAAUUUGUAUCCGAAAGCGGGAAAACACAAUACGACCUUUGGGUAGAACUGUGUGAGCUGAUCCGAGAUUAUUCGCAAUAUAUACGAAGUGUACCUAUCGAAGCCAUUAUAAAAGAAGGUAUAGCGAAAUAUAGUGACCAAGUAGCCCAAUUGUGGAUUAUAUUGGCCGAUAUAUAUAUCCUCAGAGGACAAAUGCUCAAUGCAAGAGACGUUUAUGAGGAAGCACUCAAAUCUGUCACUACAGUGCAGGAUUUCUCUACCAUCUUUGAUGUUUACGCUAAAUUUCUUGAAAAGUAUGCGAAGCAACGCAAGAAACUCCGAGGUGCUGAUCUGGAUGUAGUCAUGACUGUAGAUAGAUUAGAAAAUCUUAUCAACACUCGAGCUAUGCUAAUGGCAAAAGUAAAGUUAAAGCAAAAUGCACACAACGUGUAUAAUUGGCUGCACUAUGUGAAACUUGUAGAAAAUGACAUCAACAAGACACAAGAAAUAUUCGAGCAGGCAGUUGCCACAGUGGAUCCCAGGAAAUCAGUGGGUAGGGUCACUGAAUUAUGGACGUCGUACGCUUCGUAUUUCGAAAAUCAUGUAGAUGUUGAUGCAGCUGAUCGUAUCUUUGAAAAGGCAGUUGAAGGAAAUUACAAGUUCGUUGAUGAUCUCGCCUCAGUAUGGUGUGCCUGGGUAGAGAUGCAUAUAAGACAUAACAACCUUAAGCGUGCAUUAGAGCUAUCUAGGCAAGCUGUAGACGUGAGAAAUAAAAAAGAACCAAAUUAUGUCGAACAAAGGUUGUAUAGAUCAGUGAAACUCUGGAGUCUUUGUCUUGACCUGGAGCAAAACCUAGGUACAAUAGCUACAGCAAGGGCUACUUUCGAUCUGAUGGCAGAACUUAAAGUGGUAACACCACAGAUCGCGCUAAACUUUGCAAUGUAUCUCGAGGAACACAAAUACUUCGAAGCAGCAUUCAGUGCAUUUGAAAAGUGUGUUGCACUCUUCAAAUGGCCACAACUUUACUACCUCUACCUUCCAUAUCUAACUAAAUUUGUUAAAAGGUACCGUGGAACUAAAUUGGAACGCACACGAGAAAUAUUCGAUCAAUGUCUACACUCAGGUCGGGAGUCGAGUACAGGUGAUGUACCUGCUCAAUACGUAAAAUAUCUGUACUUCCUUUAUGCACAUAUGGAAGAAGAAUUCGGUUUAGUAAGGCGCUGUCUGGGCAUACUCAAGGACGCAGCUAAAUGCGCCGCUAAAGAAGACCAGAUGACUAUGAUUAAACUUUAUAUCGCAAAGACUGCAGAAUUUUACGGAAUAGUACAAACACGUAACAUUUAUCAAGAAUGCCUGGAAUUUGUAGACGAUGAAAUCGCACGAGAACUAUGUGAGAUGUACAUUCAGAUGGAACGUGGACUUGGAGAAAUAGAUAGAGCACGUGCUAUCUUUACCUACUGUGCCCAGCUCUGCGACCCUAUGAAAUAUGAAAAGUUCUGGAAAGAUUGGCGUGAAUUUGAAGUGCUGCAUGGCAACGAAGAGUGUUUCAGGGAGAUGCUGCGCAUCAAGCGAAGUGUACAAGCCAGAUUUUCUAAAGUUCACUUCAACGCUGAGGAAAUUGAUGUAAACACAGAAACUUAGCACUAGUGCCAAAAGGAUCAAUGUCAGCAACAAUCAUGUCCCAUAGGAACACUAUGUAAUGAUAUAAUCAGAAAUAAUGUAGAGACACUGCCAACCAUUUAAUCAUUUCUAUACAUU